AUGGUGGAACACGAACAGCGCAGACAGGGGUAUGGAGGGGGCUUCAAUAGGAAGAGAAGAUAUAGAGAUGACGAGGGAGGUGAUCGUUAUCGACAGCAGCGCAGGAGAUAUGAGGAGCCACUUGCUGCAGUUGUCAGGAGGCAGCUGUUAAAUAUUGCAGAACCGACUGCGAAAAGACCCGAGGAUGACGUUGCCCAAAUUGCAAAGACGGUCGCAGAUAAUUACUCGGACGAGGCAAUGAAGGCAGCCUUCGAAGAGCUGGUUUUACAGCUGAUCGUCGAACAGCCAAUGAAAAUUCCCUUCGUCGCUGCCGUUGUCCUAGCACUCAACUCCCUUAAGCCAGAAGCUGCAGCCCCGAUUAUCGCAAAGGGUGGAGAACAAGCUGCUUCGUUUAUCGCGGAAGGGCAUUGGCGAAAUGUCAAACUUAUGCUACGAUUCCUCGGAUGUUUACAAGGCAUGUUCGAAGGCGAGGGUAUAUUUCCUGUGCUUGAGGAGCUAUUCUCGCGUGCCGUUGUCCUUCAAACCGGCUCGUCAGAGGACUCUCUCGGUUUAGAGCUCGUCAAGAUUAUUCUCUACACGAUUCCCUACGUUAUGGCCUCGUCCGCCACGGGGUUCGAGUCUCACGCUGCUGCGCUAUUGGAAAAGACGGACGUCAUUGCUUCGACUCCGCAUACCCUAGAGGCGAUCGUUGAUCCGUUCCCAUCGACCAAGGGAGAAGAGGAAGGAACUAGAUUAAGUGCACUGGGUCUGAUUCAGAAACAGCUACAGGAUGAAUCUGCCCAGGCGUGGAAGCUCUCGUGCGUUCCACGACCAUGGAAAGAAAUUGCCGCUCCAAAAGAACCAAAAGAAAGCAAUGGAGAGGAGGAGAAAAAUGAGGCCGAGGAGGCAUCUAAAGCUCCUACCAAACAUGCUUUCCCAGAGGUUACGGUGCCGAAUCCAGUCAAAAAUGGUCCGAGGGCUAUUUUCCCUGAGAUUUAUUUCUCCGUCUAUUCCGACCAGGAAAUCGAUACAGUUCCCCCAACGUCUGAUAUUGCAUCUUCAUUGGUCCGUGAUGCAUUGAUUGAUACAAUCAAUGUUUUAGACUUUAACCGAAACGCAACGGCCAAAUUCCUUAUUGAUGUGGACUGCUACUUCACGCCGGAAACGUUUGUCAAACGCGCUAUCCCCCUCGACAAGCUCCGCGAUACCCCAUCCCACGAGGGGUCAACUUGGAAACCAGAAGAUAUCGCUGUCGAUGCUGCCUUCUCGCAGCUCCUGCAAUUGCCCGUUCCAGAACAUAAGCUGGUGUAUUAUCAUUCCGUUCUGACAGAGGCCUGUAAAAUUGCCCCCGCGGCGAUUGCGCCUAGCUUGGGCCGUGCAAUUCGAUUUGUGUAUCGAAACAUUGACAAGUUGGAUCUUUCGCUUGCAUACAGGUUCUUGGAUUGGUUUACCCAUCAUUUGAGUAAUUUUGGAUUUACGUGGAAGUGGACUGAGUGGAUUCCUGACCUUGAGCUGCCAGAUGUGCAUCCCAAGAAGGCAUUCAUUAUCGGCGCCAUAGACAAGGAGAUUCGACUGAGCUUCGCGCAGCGAAUUAGGGGAACACUCCCUGACCCUUACCAUGAGCUGAUCACCGAAGGCAAGGAGAAGGAUACACCAGAUUUCAAAUUUUCACUAGAGACGACUCCAUAUUCAAAGGAAGGACAAGAGCUUAUGAAACUCAUCCGCCAAAAAUCACCAGACGAAGAAAUUGAAGCUGUCAUCACCUCCAUCGAGGAACAGGCCAAAACCCAUGGAUUGAAUGACCCACUCAUCGCGUCUACAGACGUUUACAUGACCUCCAUUUGUUACGUGGGAUCUAAAUCUCUCUCCCAUUUCCUCUCCUGCAUUGAACGCUGCAAGGACCGACUCCUCGCCAUCGGCCCACAAUCGGCCGCUGCACGCCGUCAAAUCAUCAACUCUGUCAUGGAAUACUGGACCGACCAGCCCGGAAUCGGCAUCAACAUCAUCGACAAGCUACUAAACUAUACGAUUCUCACCCCUCUCUCCGUCCUCGAAUGGGCACUUGUCGAUAACCUUGCUGCAGGCUCAACGUUAGCAAAACCACAUAUCUUCGAAAUGAUAUCCGCAACCAUGCGCAAGGUGACAAACCGUAUGCGCCAGAUCGUAGCGGCUAGAAUACAACCAACUCUCUAUGAGCCACAGCUUAGCAUAUUGGAGGAAACACUCGCCAAGGAAAAAGCCGAGAUGCUGUCAAUGUUUCAGCUUAUUGAGGAUUCGCUGGUUCCCGUGGCAGGCGGAUACAGUGACGCCAUGAUGGAGCGGACAGAGGAUGAUACACUACAGCCUGAGAAUGCGAUUAUUCAGCAGUGGGGAAGUAGGUGGUUGAAUGUCUUUAGACGCAAGGCCGCGGUUGAAAGGGCGUUUAUUGAUGAGGCAAUGAGCUCGGCGCCGGCCGUUGGGACGAUGGCUCCUCCAGCACCGCCUCUGGGUGUGGAUGAAAAGGUGGAGGAGACGAAGACGCUUGAGGAGCCAGCUAUGGAUGUCGAGGAGAUGCAUGACUAUGCUGAAAUUGAUUAG